GCUGAAACCUCUUCUUCAGCUGCUGAGACUUCCUCCUCUGCCGCUGAAACCUCUUCUUCAGCUGCUGAGACUUCCUCCUCUGCCGCUGAGACCUCUUCCUCUGCUACUGAGACUACCUCUGCCGCCUCCAGCACCUCAGAAGCUGAUGCUACAUCAACCUCUGCUGCUGACGAGACUACCAGCCAGCCCACGACCCUAUCCACAGUGGUGCGAACCGAGUCGGAUACCUCAACAUCUGAGGCUGCAAGCACCACUACUGCCGAUGGUUAGUAGAUCUAGACGAUGGGGUCUGAGACGCGAUGUCUUGACGCGAUUGCGCGUAGCGAUGGUGACGGGUCUAUAAAGAGACCAACCUAAUAUACACGAUAUACUAUUAGAGACUGUGAUAUGGUUUAGAUUAGCUUGAAUCUCAUUACUGUGUACUCAUUCAUUUACUCGACUCAAUUGGUGACUUGGAGAAC